CAAACCACGAUGGCUAUUAAAUGCAUCUACACUUUGUACUUUCUUCGUAUAUCUUUUCCUGAGAAUGCAAAUUAUGGGUUCUCUACUGAUAAUCAAUGGUCAUUGGCUUCUUGCAGCUUUACUGUUUCUACUAGUUAACAUGUCUGAAUCUUCUCCUUUUGAAGGGGAAAAUCUACCCUACAUGACUUCAGAUGUGAAUGAGGUGGCAGGAAUGUCCUUUGAUUACAUUGUAGUUGGGGGAGGAACUGCAGGUUGCCCCUUAGCAGCAACUCUCUCACACAAAUUCUCCGUGCUUUUGAUAGAACGAGGCGGUUCUCCAUUCGGAAAUCCUUUGAUAUGGAACAAGAUGUACUAUGGCUUUGCACUGCUCCAAACUGAUGAAUUAGCAUCAGUGGCUCAAAGCUUCACCUCCAGGGAUGGUAUCCCAAAUCACAGAGGGCGAGUGCUCGGAGGAUCAUCCGCGAUAAAUGGCGCCUUCUACAGCAGAGCUAGCAGUAAUUUUGUUGAGCGAGUUGGGUGGGAUGAAGAGCUGGUGAAAGAAGCUUAUGAGUGGGUGGAGUCCAAAAUUGUUUUCAAACCUGAGCUGACAAUUUGGCAGUCUGUUGUAGAAUUAGGUCUGCUCGAAGCAGGAUUUCUUCCUUAUAAUGGGUUUAGCUGGGAACAUAUUGAGGGAACAAAGAUAGGUGGUACUACCUAUGAUGAAUUUGGAGUAAGGCAUACCUCGGCUGAUCUUCUAGCAGAAUCAAAUCCUGAAAAUAUCAAAGUUCUUUUGAAUGCAACUGUACAGAGCAUCAUCUUCCAUGCCAAUAGUACUGGAAAUGAGACGAUAGCUCGAGGUGUUAGGUUCAUCAAGAGUGACAACAGCACAGAUCAAUUUUAUGAAGCUUACCUCAAUCAACCAGAGAAUUCAACUUCAUGGGGAGAUGUUAUACUGUCAGCAGGAGCAUUAGGCAGUCCCCAAAUACUACUGUUAAGUGGCAUCGGACCUGAAAAGCAUCUCAAGAAUUUCAGUAUUCCACUGGUGUUAGACCUAAAAGGGGUUGGCAAAGAAAUGCAAGACAACCCUGCUAUUGCUCUAUUAGCAGACACGAGACCAGAAUAUCGGCUGCCAGAUACCCCACAAGUUGCAGGCAUCGAUAAAGACUUCAAAUUCAUAGUAGAAGGCGGCAUCUUACCGAUAAGUUUGAACGCAACAAGGAUGCCAAUUGCAAUCAAACUUGCAUUUCCAGAAUCUAAAGGGAAGCUGAAACUAAACAGCGUCGAUCCUAGGCAAAACCCGUCAGUGCAAUUCAACUAUCUAGCAAAGCAAACAGACUUGAACGACUGUGCAGAGAUGGCUCAAUUGCUGCAAAGGGUAUCGAGGUCUGAGUCUAUUACUCUGUUCCUGAAGACGGAACCUCAGAACAAUCUAAUAUCGAGACCUCACGAACUGAGAGACUUCUGCAAGAGCAAUGUGAGGACGUAUUACCACUAUCAUGGGGGGUGUACUGUUGGAUCAGUGGUGGACAGUGAUUACAAAGUGUAUGGAGUAAAGGGUUUGAGAGUAAUAGAUGGAUCAACUUUGUUAGAAUCACCAGGCACAAACCCAAUGGGAACCUUGUUAAUGUUAGGAAGGUACCAAGGGAUCAAAAUUCUAAGAGACAGGGACAAUACUCUAAAACAACCUUAGCAAACUCUGUUCAAGCCACACACAUCACUAGAUAACAUGUCAGUUUAAUAUAAUCCAAUCCUACAUUACAUUUUA